ACGUUUUGGCCAUCGCUGUACAACAGUUAAACAGGAUCAAUAAAAUGCAAUGGAAAAGUUUGUGUAGCGCGCUUCCUGAGGUACAUAGCUGCUAUCAUUCCUCCUGCAGUCUGGAUUACAGCUUGGUAUCUAUGAGAUCUCACUAUGUUCAGUAUUCCUGAGAGCAGGAAGUCAUUGGGGGGCAAUGAUGUAAGCAGGCUUGAUUGCUCACUUGAGGAUUGUUUAUAAGAUGCCUUGCCUGGGAACAACACAACAGAAGACAGCAAGAGAACCAGGUACCAGCAAACAGCACAAGAACUCUCUCUGGAAAGCGACACGAUGCUCCACGGCAAGCUGAUUGGCGGCCUCUUGGUGGCGUGUUUGGUGGCCAUGCUGGCAGAGCAGACUGAAGGAUUUCUCAGCUUCUUCAGCCCCAGUGACAUGAGGAGGAUGAUGGAGAAGGAGAAGAGCAAGACAGGGAAGAAGUCGGUGAGAUCGGGGGAGACAGAGUCUGGAGAGCUGGCCACUCCAGAGAGAUACAUGGAGGAGAAGGCUGCCAGGCUGGGCACCCCCCUGGAGAUCGGGGUUCGACUGAGCCCCCGGCAGUGUGACAAGUACGGGGCAGCACUGGGGGAGAUACUGAACGAGAUGCUGGAGGAAGGGAGGAAAGCUCAAUAAGCACAAGAGCUUUAUCAUCACCGCAGAUGGGUUCCUGUGACAUCGUCUAUGGUCUGCACAUCAGCAGCAAGAAGAAUAAAAAAAAUUAAA